AUGGUAUUUAAAGCGGGCAACAAAACACCCAAGAACAUUCCACCAAUUAUGUUAGGAGGUACACCACUCCAAGUCGUCACUCGUUUUAAGUACCUCGGCCACGUGAUCACGGAUUGUCUCGCAGAUGACCAGGACAUUGACAGGGAGCGCAGAGCGUUGGCAGCCCGAGGUAACAUGCUUGCUCGCAGGUUUGCGCGAUGUACUACAGAAGUAAAGAUGACUCUGUUUAGGGCAUAUUGCCAGUCAUUUUACUCGUGCAGCCUGUGGGUCAGGUAUACCCAGAAGGCUUACAACGCUCUGCGCGUACAGUACAAUAACGUGUUGAGGAUGUUGUUGGGGCUGCCCCGGUUUUGCAGCGCGUCAGGCAUGUUUGCUGAUGCGCGGCUGGAUGACUUUUACGCCAUCAUGCGCAAGCGAUGUGCCUCGAUGCUGCGAAGAUUUAGGGUCAGCACUAACAGUAUUCUCGCCACCCUGGCGGACAAAAUUGAUGGUCCAUUUAUUAGGCACUGGGUGGGUGUACAUGUUCGAGAAGGAGUUCAUGUACCAAAUUAA